AAUAAAUUGUCAUAUGGACACCCUAUGAAUAACUAUAAAUAGGCACCUGGACAAUCUUUAUAUUUUCACUAUAACGACCAUUAAACAGACAGUCAGAAUGGCGAAUUUCAAAACCAUGACACAUACUAGUGUUUCUUUGUUGUUCUUAUUGUGUUUAUUAUGUCCUUGUUUAGCCUACAAUGUGGUUAGUUUCGGGGCUAGGGGAGAUGGCUGGACAGACUCAACCUCGGCUUUUCUUCGCGCUUGGUCUGCUGCCUGCCGUUCUACUAGCCAACCCAAUGUGUAUGUUCCAAGGGGAACAUAUUUGGUAAGGACGUUGAAUUUAUAUGGUCCUUGCCAGAGACGAAUGGAAUUCCGAAUAGAUGGUACGCUUGUUGCUCCAGCGAAUUAUAACGCAAUUGGUAAUUCUGAGUUCUGGAUUAUGUUUUAUAAGGUAAGUGGUCUUUCAGUUUAUGGAGGAACUAUUAACGCUAAAGGACAUGGUUAUUGGUCUUGUCGAAAGGGUGGAAAGUCUUGUCCACAAGGAGCUAGGUCAAUACAAUUUAUGUGGUGUAAUAAUGUACUGCUGAAGGGCUUGACAUCGCUCCACAGUCAACGAGUACAUGUAGGGAUUGGUUACAGCAGCAAUGUGAGAGUUGAAAAGGUGAAGAUAACAGCCCCAAGUGGAAGCCCAAACACUGAUGGCAUUCAUGUGCAGAACUCAAGGGGGAUUACUAUUUAUGGCAGCAUUAUCCAGACUGGAGAUGACUGCAUAUCCAUUGGCCCUGGCUCUAUGAACAUGUGGAUUGAACAAAUUGGAUGCGGACCUGGACAUGGCAUCAGCAUAGGAAGUUUGGGAAGUAGUAACAAUGAAGCAGGAGUUGCGAACAUAACAGUAACAAAUUCGGUUUUCACAAAGACGCAGAAUGGCGUUAGAAUAAAGUCAUGGGCAAGACCAAGUGGUGGCUAUGCUAGAAAUCUCAUGUUCACUAACCUUAUUAUGAGAAAUGUUGGGUACCCCAUACUCAUUGACCAAAACUAUUGUCCUCAUAAUAAUUGCCCCCGGCAGAAUUCAGGAGUAAAGGUGAGUCAAGUAACAUACAAGAAUGUGAAAGGGACAUCAUCCACACAGCAAGCAAUAAAAUUUGACUGCAGUUACUCAAAUCCAUGUACGGGAAUCAGAUUGCAAGACAUAAAGCUUACUCAUAAUGAUCGCUUCAGAAGGCCAGCAGUAUCAUACUGUAGAAAUGCAAGGGGCAGACGUGGAGGCACAGUCAUUCCAAGGAGUUGCUUCUAAAACAAUACAGAUCGAAAAUGAACUUCUUGUAUGUACUUUUCUUAUUCAGUUGAAUGUGCAAGUCCAAUGCAUCUCCAGUCCUCACAUCUCCCUGAAAAAGAAAAGAAUACAGAACUUUUCUUCUUUGAAUGUCAUUUUUCUUAUAUAAAAUUAUCGAUGUGUAGACUUUGUGAUGAAUUAGAGUUCAAAGUGUAUGCUGUUCUCAUUCUGGAAUAUAUAUACCUUAGAGCAGUCUAUUAGAUGUUUUUAC